AUGGCAAAGGCUAUGGAGGAAUACAAGCAGCUCUGCUUAAAAUCCUUCAGCGUCAACAGGAGCAGCGAAGUAAUCCAGAAGCAGGAGCUACCGAUGCCUCGAUCCAUUGCCGACGCAUCAGAGGUUUAUGACUCAGACAGGCUUUUCAACGCUCCCGCCGGAACCGCUGGAGUGAGGAAACCCGUGCGGGUCGGGUGCCUCAACUUGGUGCUGAAGACCUGCAAGACGGAGAGGCCACGCGAGUACAUCUCGGUGGGAUUGUCAUCGAACCACGCCGGAUGGGACUCCCAGUGGUUCUUCUUGCGAAACGACGAUGGCCUCCUUCCUGCCUACACCGGCCACCUGAUCACGGAGCGCCUGGAGAACUGGACGUACGGCGUCGUCCAGGGACCGAUCGACGUUUGGUCCUCGAGGCCUAAAGUGAAGGAGGACAAGGUCGACCGCGACAAGCGGCGCCAGUCCGCUGAGAAGCAGAAGUCUGCAAAGGACUCAGAAAAGAAGAAGGAGAAGACGAAGAAUCUCGAUCGCCAAGCAUUAGAGGCUCCUCUGACCCUCGACUGCCGACCGGUGCUGAGAGCGCCCCAUCCCGUCCCCUGGCCGAGGAAGAAAGAGGAAGAGGGGCGCGAGCAGGAGACGCGGCAGCAGCCGCAGGAGGAGCAGCGGCUGCAGCCGAAAGAAGGAGAGGAGGGACAGCCGCCAGCAAGUCCCCAGCUCGAGGAGCUGCUGGAGCAAGACCGUCAACAGGAGCUGCAGGAGCUCCAGGAGCAACAGCGGCAGAGAGGCCAGUAG